AGGCCUUGGUGAACAGCCAGGAAUGGACCCUGGGCCGCUCCGUCCCCGAGAUCCGCCUGGGAGUCCUGGGCAGCAGCAAGAGUGGGAAGUCAGCACUCGUCCACCGCUUCCUCACCGGCUCCUACGUGGGUCUGGAGCCCACUGAGAGUGGUCAGUUCAAGCGUGAGGUGAUGGUCGAUGGCCAAAGCCACCUCCUGCUCAUCCGGGAGGAAGGCGGCGCCCCGGACGCCAAGUUUGCCAGCUGGGCAGAUGCCGUCAUCUUCGUCUUCAGCCUGGAGAACGAGAGCAGCUUCGAGGAGGUGAUGCAGCUGCACACGCUGUUCAGCAGCUACCGGUGCACCAGCGAGGUGGCCCUGGCGCUGGUGGGCACCCAGGACAAGAUCAGUUCUUCCAACCCCCGGGUGAUUGAGGACGCCCGGGCCCAGGCGCUCUGCGGGGACAUGAAGCGGUGCCUCUACUACGAGACCUGUGCCACGUAUGGCCUCAACGUGGACCGGGUCUUCACGGAGGUUGUCCAGAAGGUGGUAGCACUGAAGAAGCAGCAGCAGCUCAUGGCGUCCUGCAAGUCCUUGCCCAGCACACCCAGCCACUCAGCUGCAUCCACCCCCAUUGGGGGCAUUCACCCUGGCCAGGCCAGCAACGGUGGCCACACCAGUGACUACUCAUCCUCGCUGCCAUCCACCCCCAACGUCAGCCACCGGGAGCUGCGGAGUGAGACCCCGGCCCCCUUGGGCACCCCCAGCUCCCUGCACCGCGGGGCCAAGCGCCGCACCAGCCUCUUCGCUACUCGUCGGGGCAGCGACUCGGAGAAGCGGAGCCUGGACAGCCGGGGCGAGGUGGCCGGCAGCGGCCGUGCCAUCCCCAUCAAGCAG